AUGAGACCAACACUUUCCCUUCUAGCACUUCGUGUGAAGCUUCCUAAACCGGAACUUGAAAGAUAUGCAUUUCAGGACCUAAAUUCUAUAUCACAUCGUGACUUACCCAAUAAUGGAUUUGGAAUCAAGAACUACUACAUCACCAAAACGAAAUUUCAUCAUUGGCCAGUAUACAAGAAGAUUCAAAAUACCAAGAUAACAACCGAGAUCAAACGUGUGCAAGGCGAUUUAUAUCAAUUGAAGCAAGAUUUACUACAAGCUUAUCCUCAAUUUGAAAUAAGUGUGAAUCAAAGUGCAGGAAUCGUGAAUAUUAAAGGUGAUGCGACUAAAGAGGUUAUCGACCUAUUUGAGAAAGAAAUAAAGAUAUAA